GUGUUUUUUUUAAUAAUGGAUCACCCGGCUUUUGCUGAGGCGGGAGCGGUGGCCGGUAUUGAAAUAUGGACCAUUCAGAAAUUUGAGCCAGUGCCCAUCGAAAAGAAAAUGUAUGGAAAAUUCUACAAUGCGGACUCAUACAUCGUGUUGAAGACAACUGGCGACGGUCAGUCAGCGUACUCCUACGAUGCCCACUUCUGGCUUGGCACCAAGACUACUCAAGACAAGAAGGGCUCCGCAGCCAUCUGGACGGUGACGCUGGAUGACAUGCUGGGCGGACGAGCUGUCCAUCAUAGAGAGGUCCAAGGUCAUGAGACUGGGCAGUUCUUGGGGUAUUUCAAGCCGGCCAUCAGAUACCUGGAAGGAGGAAACGAUUCAGGCUUCAACGAGGUGGAAACGAACGCUGGAGCGGAGAAGCGGUUACUCAGGCUUUCUGGCUGCGACAACAUGAGGAUUGAGGAGGUGCCAGCUGAAGCUUCAUCCCUAACAAAAGACCAGUGCUUCAUCCUGGAGAAUGAGCAUGAUAUCUUUGUCCUGAUGCCGGAAGGAGCCAAGGCCACGCAAAGAAGGAAGAUCAUCAGUGUAGCCAACAGCUUGCGUGAUGAUUACCACAACGGGCGGGCUACUAUUGAAAUCAUUGACGAGUUCUCAUCUGACGAAGACGUGGCGCUGUUCUUCGAGACCCUCGGCUCUGGGUCUAAGGACGAUAUUGCUGACGAUUCUACUGAGGAGACCUACACACGGGAUGGCUCGAUGAUAUUCCUGUAUAAGGUCCUGGCGGGAGACGAGCUGGAAUUGGUGGCUGUCAACAAACCUUACAAGCAGAAAUACCUUACUUCCGACGCGAUCUUCAUCCUGGACACGCCUUGCUCGGGCGUGUUCCUAUGGCUUGGAAGCGACGUGCACGCCGAUUCCAAGAAGAACUACAACGACGUCGCUCAGAAGUAUUUGGAGAUCAAGGGAUACCCAUCUUGGGUACCUGUUACCAGGGUGUCAGAAGGCGCUGAGUGCUCGACUUUCAGACAAUUCUUCAGCAACUGGGACACCGUCGGCACCGGGUAUUCGUCUGUACGGACUUACGUCUCUGAAUUAGAUGCUGGAUAUUACUCUGGAGACGCGGAAGAAUCGGCCGCCUCAGCGAAACUGAUCGGCAAAAGCGCUGCGGCAAGAGGCUACAUGCCCGAUCUAGGGGCUGGUAAUCUGGAAGCUGUGUUCAGAUUGGCUGGAGGCGAAAACGAGGAUAUAACCGAGAAGAUGGCAGAAUCCCCAAUAAUGUACAGCUCAGACUGUUACGUCGUGAAGUACCAAUGCAACGAAGAGAGCGAUGGGAAAUACGUCAUCUACUGGUGGAUUGGCAAAGAUGCAUCAACUGAUGACAAAAAGGCUGCCCGUGAUCUGGCCACAGACUUAGAGAUCGAGUUGGAUGAAACAGUCACGGUAGUCAAAGUGCCCCAUGGGAAGGAACCAAAACAUUUCUUAAGCAUUUUUCAUGGCAAUUUAAGCAUAUUAUACGGAGGUAAAGAAUUUGACUAUGCUCUUAUCGACUCCGGUAAAAGAACUUUCGAUGACGAAGACUCAGAUUAUCGGCUUUUCAGGGCGCAAGGGACGACGGAAGGCGUGGACACGAGAUUCGUGCAAGUGUUCGAGAGUCUGGAUACUUUCCAGGAUGAUGGCGUUUUUGCCCUGGAGACGAGAGAUACCGUCUACUGCUGGUAUGGAAAGGACGCUUUUCCACUAGAGCGUGAAUUCGGUGCCAGAUGCGCGCAGAAGUUGGCUGAAGGCAAGGAAUACCUGGAGGUAGAGCAAGGAGAGGAACCUGACCAGUUCUGGGACGCUCUGAGAGGUAUCGGAGAAGAAAAGGAGGACCCAUCAGGUUGGACCUUGGAAGUGAACAGGCGCGUGACGUCACCAACGACUCUGACAACUGUCAGUGUGUCUGUCACCGGGAAAAUCAAGUUUGAGGAGCUGCCCCUGGAUUAUAAGCAAGAGGAUCUCUCAGACGACGGAAUCUAUGUUCUGGACACCGGCGAAGAGUUGUAUCUGUGGCAGGGAAAGAACAUCCCUGAGCGCGUCAAAUCCGCCCGGAAUCAAAUCAUUGAGGAAUACAUAGCGGACGAUGGAUUGGACCGUACAGUGGACUCUGCCAUCGUGGUGACGGUGAAACAGGGCUCCGAGCCGAAGGUGUUCAAGAAACUGUUCCCUAGCUGGGAGGAUGAUAUGUGGGAUAAUCAGACUUCAUACGAAGACUUGAAAAAUGAAGCCAAGGCCGCAAACUCCAAAUAGAAAUUAAUGUAAUUUAAGCAAAAGUAUUUUCUCAAACAUGGUAUGAAAUAUUGAUGUUAUGUGCCUUAUAAUUGGCAGCGAAGUAUGACGUUGCAGGUGCGGCUAGGACGAUUGAUAGAUAAGG